CGGCGGAGGGAGAUGGGUCCGAUAGGCCGACCCGGCCGCCGCGCGCCGCCGAGAGAUGCACAAGAAGACCGAGGAGGAAGAGGAGGAUGGGACCGCCUCCUGCUCAGACCCCGCGGCCACGCGCACCCUCCAGGACUGCGUCAUCAUCGUCAUCGAGGACAACCCCUCUACGAAGUCACUUCAAAAGUCAGCAGCAGCAAAAGAUAUUUCAGAACCUGCCAUGAAUACACAAAACAGUCUUUUUACCAUUGCUGCGAUUUUCCUCGUCUCACUUCUUGGAUUGGCUUACGUCUACUUCUCGUUCCCAAAGUUGGAAGAGCAUGAAAAACAACAUGUUAAACUGCCCUGGGAUAUUGAAGAUGCCAAAGAGCUGGGUCAAGUUUUGGAUCGGUACAAGGAUAGAUACUUCACUGAAGUUAUGGGUGGAAUCUUCAUCACAUACAUUUUUCUCCAAACUUUUGCAAUCCCUGGAUCCAUCUUUCUCUCAAUUUUGUGUGGUUUCCUCUUUCCAUUUCCUAUUGCUCUUCUUUUGGUGUGCUUCUGCUCAGCAACAGGAGCUUCCCUCUGUUUCCUGCUCAGUUCCCUUGUCGGUCGAAGGGUUGUGUACAAGUACUGGCCAGAGAAAGCCUCGCAAUGGGCUGCAACGGUGAAAAAGCAGAAUGCUAAUUUGUUUAAUUACAUGGUGUUCCUUCGGAUCACACCUUUCCUUCCGAAUUGGUUCAUCAAUAUAGUUGCGCCUGUCAUAGAUGUACCCAUCAAGCCAUUUUGGCUUGGCACAUUUUUUGGAGUUGCUCCUCCUUCUUUUGUUGCAAUUCAAACUGGGCAGACUCUUCAUCAGCUGUCCUCAUCAGAUGCCAAAUUCUCAUGGAAUUCUGUCAUUUUAUUAGCUUUAUUUGCUGUUGUAUCCCUGAUUCCAGUUCUUGCCAAGCAGAGACUGCGCAGAAAGUUUGAAUAGGUUGCAUGGUUUUAAAUAAUAACAUAACCUUGCUAAUGAAAAUUAUCAGUUCAUUGGCUGCCAUCUCUAGUUCUUUUAUAGUGUGUGACAUUUCCAAUUCUGUGAUACGAUUGAACACCAUAUAAGAGAUGUAGCUUAAAUGUGAAUCCCCUUUCCCACCCUCCCUAUUCCUCCUCCCUUUUGUUUUGGUCCUUUUUUCUUCAUUUGGAGUAAAACCUAAUGAUGUUGGAAAUAUUUGUAUGCAAAAUAUUUCUUUGCAGUACCUUAGCAAACCAUUUUCCAUGAAUUAGGAAUAUUACAAACUCUUCAAAUAACUGAACUGCCAAUUUAAAAAAAUGUUUUGGCUGUGUAUACAUAAAGCAAAUGAUGUUUUGAUGCUUUGUUUUAGCAUCCUAUUGUGAAUGGCAUUGUUCUAGUCUUCUCAUGUCAUCAUCCACUUUGCAUUUAAUUUGAGUGUUUAAGAAAUAUCUUUUCCCUAAUUUGUAAUAUAAUUUUAAUGUCAAAUGUUACCUUAUUAGCUCAAAGUUUGCCAAUUCUUAUCUUUCAUCUGUUCUCCAUUUUUCAUUGAAAUAGUAGCCGUAACGCAGAAGGGAACCGCCUCAAGUGUCACUCUCACAAUUUGAAGCGGGUAAGGUUUGUCAGCUUUUAAGAUUUUAGUUAUUUUUUUUUUUAAGUGUUGGUAAUUUUGGACAACAUACCAUGUGAAUACGCCCAUUCAAUGUGAAACCAUAUCUAUUCAUUCUUGAUCUCUUUUGUCUGUGUCUUGUAAUAAAUGUAUAGCAAUUGACUGAA